GUCUCCACAAAAACGGGGCUUACGCUUGUGCAGGAACUCUCAUCACCGCCAGAUUCAUCCUCACUUCUGCUGAGUGCUUCUCUAGGAAGAAGACCGGACGUGAUCAAAUUUACUACGCCAGCAAACAAGCAGAGCGAAGGGACAUUAGCAACAUUUCUGCCCGACAGGCGUGCAUGAUGACUUGUCAAGACCACAACUACUUUCAGGAAGUCGAACUUUCUAUCCAUCUCGUUCCUGCUCAAGCAAGCCCCUUUUUGCCCUUUCGCUGGCCAGCUGCCACCACACCACUCCAGCCCGAGACGCGCUGAAUGUCACGAGCCGUCUCUGGUUGCGUCCUGUUCUUUUUAUAGACGAGCAGCUGAAAUGUGAAGGGUCACAAUAGGAGGAUAAAUGCAAGGGCCAGCCAGCCCAGUGGGUGUCGCAGACGAAGGCCACUUCUCUACCUCCCUCUCUCUUCUCCCAGCUCUCCUUCUGAUCUCAAAGAGUCAAGAUGCCUCACGCAUAUCCCUUCCUCACUCCUGAGCAGAAGAAGGAGCUCAGUGAUAUCGCUCACAAGAUCGUUGCUCCCGGCAAAGGAAUCCUAGCCGCAGAUGAGUCUACCGGUAGCGUGGCCAAGCGCUUCCAGAGCAUCAACGCGGAGAACACUGAGGAGAACAGGAGGCUGUACCGCCAGCUGCUCUUCACCGCUGACGACCGCGCCGCCCCCUGCAUUGGCGGCGUCAUCCUCUUCCACGAGACCAUGUACCAGAAGACCGACAGUGGCAAACCCUUCCCCGAGUUCCUCAAGGAGAGAGGCAUGGUGGUGGGCAUCAAGGUCGACAAAGGUGUCGUCCCUCUGGCCGGAACCAACGGCGAGACAACGACUCAGGGUCUCGAUGGACUGUACGAGCGCUGCGCCCAGUACAAGAAGGACGGUGCCGACUUCGCCAAAUGGCGUUGUGUGCUGAAGAUCACCCCCACCACUCCCUCAAGACUGGCCAUCAUUGAGAAUGCCAACGUCCUGGCCCGCUACGCCAGCAUCUGCCAGAUGCAUGGCAUCGUGCCCAUCGUGGAGCCUGAGAUCCUCCCCGAUGGCGACCAUGACCUGAAGCGCUGCCAGUAUGUCACCGAGAAAGUCCUGGCCGCCGUUUACAAGGCUCUGUCCGACCACCACGUGUACCUGGAGGGCACUCUGCUCAAGCCCAACAUGGUUACCGCCGGCCACUCGUGCUCAAUGAAGUACAGCAACCAGGAGAUCGCCAUGGCGACCGUGACCGCCCUCCGCCGCACCGUGCCCCCUGCAGUCCCUGGCAUCACCUUCUUGUCUGGUGGUCAGAGUGAGGAGGAGGCUUCCGUCAACCUGAACGGCAUGAACCAGUGCCCUCUGCACAGGCCCUGGGCCCUGACCUUCUCGUACGGACGUGCCCUGCAGGCAUCUGCCCUCAAGGCCUGGGGUGGCAAAAAGGAGAAUGGAAAGGCAUGCCAGGAGGAGUUUAUCAAGAGAGCUCUGGCCAACAGCCAGGCAUGCCAGGGAAAAUACGCUUCCACUGGAAGCAGCGCUGCCGGUGGAGAGUCUCUGUUUAUGGCUAAUCACUCUUACUAAAGCACACCACCACCACGUUCACUCUCUCACACUUAUCACGCCGGCGCCAUGACUCUGCCUGUCACCUCUCCGCUAAUGUAAAGCCUCGCGGUCGGAAGUGAGAGUGGAAAAUCUCCUCCUUUUUGAUGUCGCAACCGGAAGAUUUUCCUCCAUUCCCUUGACCUUAUGCAGAUUCACACCUUUUCUCAGGUGAAUAUUCCCACACUGUUUUUACACAAGUUGCACUACUUUUCAUUGGAUUUAUACUGGUUCAAUGAAAUAAAGUGUUUUACCCUCC